GAUGAACCACCUGUCUGUCUGAGAUGAGCAAGCGCACGCAGGCUCUGUGCUCGUCAGGACUGGACUCGCGCUCGGAUCGCGGGAGGCGGGACUUUGAGGACGCUGAAUGGUUCCGCGUCACCUGAACUCAUCUCGCAGCAGAACUCAUGAGGGGCAGCAGCCUCUGAAGCCCCAGGUGCUCCUCCUCUGCGGCAACCUGUGGACACCUGGGUGCUCCUUCUUCAUCUCCCCCGGGCGGAGGAGCUGGCAGGCACAGGUGGGUCACCUGUGCCAUGAGCAUCGUGCGCCUGAAGCCGUCCUGACGUGACCCCAGGGGCUCCGGCAGCCGUCCCUUCCUCUCCCUCUGCACCGGAUGUCUUCAUGUAUUGCUGUGGGCUGGGACACUGGCGGAGAGUGCAGUCCACCUACGGAGAGCGUCAGGAUUCAGAUGGUGCUGAGGAAAGAAACGCCCAGGUGCAGCUGGAGAAGGCCAAGUACAAGCCUGUCGCCUUCGCUGUACGUUGCAACUUCUCCUACACUCCAGCGGAUGACGACAACGUCCCCGUACCAGGCCAGGCCGUCACCUUUGAGGCCAGAGACUUUCUACAUGUAAAAGAGAAAUUCAACAACGACUGGUGGAUCGGACGGCCGGUGAAGGAGGAUGGAGUGGUGGGCUUCAUCCCCAGCCCAGUCAACCUGGAAACCAUUCUCAUUAGAAGAGAAGUCCAGGCCAGGAAAGCUGCCAAGGCCUUAGCAAGCAAAGCAGCAUCUCAAGCUGCUCAAGAUAUGAACUCAAAAAAGUACACUCCUCCAUCACAAGCUAAUCAGCAAGUGAAAAAGAAACCGGGGGAGCAGGUGUCUAUGUAUGAUGUAGUGCCUACGAUGCGUCCUGUGGUCCUGAUGGGGCCGUCACUGAAGGGCUUAGAAGUUACAGAUAUGAUGCAAAAAGCGCUAUUUGACUUUUUGAAGCAUCGAUUUGAAGGCAGAAUAACCAUAACACGGGUUACAGCGGACAUCUCUCUGGCUAAACGCUCAAUACUCAACAACCCUGGCAAAAAGGCCUUAAUAGACCGCUCCAACACCCGCUCCAACUUAGCCCAGAUCCAGGGAGAGGUGGAGCGUAUCUUCGAGCUCGCCCGCAGCCUUCAGUUGGUGAUUCUAGAUGCAGACACGGUCAACCACCCCCUCCAGGUGACCAAGACCUCACUGGCACCAAUCCUGGUCUAUGUCAAGAUCUCCUCACCAAAAGUGCUGACCAGGCUGAUUAAAACCAGAGGCAAGUCUCAGACGAAGCAUCUUAAUGUUCAGCUAGUGGCAGCAGACAAGCUUGCACAGUGUCCACCGGAAAUGUUUGAUGUCAUCUUAGACGAGAACCAAUUGACAGACGCGUGUGAGCACAUUGCUGAGUAUCUGGAGUCGUACUGGAGAGCCACUCAUCCACCGGAGAUGGAGGCUACCAACGCACUUGUGGCCCAGCUGGCUGAAAACACACUGCCCUCCAAUCCUUCAGCAAUAAUGUCCCAGGAUGAGCAGAAAGGCAAGAAGUCAGCAGCACCUAAAAGAAAGGGUUCCCGUGAGAACCACGUAGACCAGGAGCCCCCUUCAGCACAGGCUCAGGAGCAGAGAGCUGAUGAGGGCCAAAGAGAGGAGGAAGAGCAGCUGCUAAGGAGUGAACCCAAGAGACCGCAGCACACCCACCACCAUCACCAUCACCACCGUCGGGCGGAGCACCACAGCCACAUCCAGCACAGCCAGACACCCAGCGGCAUGGAUGUACAGUACAGCAGGGAUUAUAGCCAGAGGCUGCCCCGUAGGCACCUCCCUGAGGACAAAGAGGAGGAGGUGGAGGAUGGGGUGGAGGAAGACAAGAAGGAGGUCCGCUACAGUGGCCAUCAGCACCAUAACAGCAACAACCACCACCACCACCAUCACCACCAUCAGCAUCACCGUGGGAUCAGCCAGCCACAUGUUGGGGAGGACUAUAAGCAAGAGCACAGUGAACGCAGUCGGCAGCACAGGCAAAACCAGCACAUUCCAACAAGGACACAGCACUUAAAUCACAAUCCUGUGCACAAUCAUCACAACUACCACCACUACCAUGGCAGGGAAAGGGACAGAGAAAGAGAACGAGACAGAGAUAUAGAUAAGGAAAGAGACCGAGGUAUACACCGAGACAGAUACAGAGAUAGAGACAGUGAACGAGAGCCAGAUGUAGACAGAGACAGAUACAGAGAUAGAGAGAGGGAACGAGAGCCAGAUGUAGACAGGGACAGAUACAGAGAUAGAGAGAGGGAUCGAGAGACAGAUGUAGACAGAGACAGAUACAGAGAUAGAGAGAGGGAUCGAGAGCCAGAUGUAGACAGAUACAGAGAUAGAGAGAGGGAUCGAGAGACAGAUGUAGACAGAUACAGAGAUAGAGAUAAGGAACGAGAGCCAGAUGUAGACAGAUACAGAGAUAGAGACAAGGAACGAGAGACAGAAGUAGACAGAUACAGAGAAAGAGAAAGACACAAAGACAGGGAAAGAGACCAAGGAAGAGAUAGAGAGACAGAUGCAAGACAAUGGCACAGAGAUUUCCAUAUACACUAGUGACUGUUUCUACAGUGGGUAGGUUCAUGGUAAUGUGCUGCUUAAGCAAUACUGCACUACUGGAUGGGGCAGGGUGUGUCAUCUUUGAUAGGGGUCAUCUAUUAGUUUACCCUCUGCUUCGUGCAAACACGUCGUCACGAAAUCCCCACCAAGAGUAACUUGUGUGGCAUGUUUUUGCCAUUAUUUACGCCUCACCCAUGUGACUCUGUUCAUGUUGCUCGUGUUACAGCAUGCUGUAGAGCUGCAUUUAUCCAUUCUUUUCAUGUGUGACUUUUUCUCGAUAAAUAAUUUUGACACCAAAAUGUCAAAAUUGAAAACAACAGUUUUCCACACAAAAUCCUGUCUCGCAAUGUCUGAACAAUAACCAAAAACACACAAUAAAAUAAAAUAUUAUAUUGCACAUGUAAUAAACAUCAGAGCAGCAACUAGUACCUUUUGCUUAAAUGCUUAAAAAGCAUAUGGAUCAUUUUAGGAUUAUUUGAUUAUUUUUCUUACACCACUGUUCUUAUUUUAUCUUAAUUUGGCAUUGGGCAUGCACAUGUACAGAGGCCACAGAAAAGCAGAAUGUUUUCAAUAACUUGAUUAUCCAAGGCUCGACACUACCUUUAAUACCCUGGAUAUUUGGUGUUUAUUCACCACUUAAUAUUUUAAACAGAAAAAAAAUGUUGGAAAACUAAUUGCAAAGUACUCAGUAAUCAGCAACUGCUGCCUAAAAUUAUGUCAGUCACAAAAUGAUUAGUUAUAAAUAUGUGAUCUUAAGAUACUGAGAUAAAAUUAAAAGUUAUUAAAUAAUGUAUGUUUUCAGUUAACCCAUUUUAUGCCAUUUGUACAAAGUUACACAGCAGAUUGUUUUACUUUUAAUGAAAUGGGAAAAUAACUUCAUAUUUUACUCUGAUCCCAUGUAUUUAAUAUAAGUUGUUUAUUGUCUGAACAGUUUAUUUAGAACAUUGGUAUACAAAAUAUUUUUCUACACAAUUCUUAAUGUAAGUCAUCAGACUUUGCUUCCUACUUUUAUAAACAUUAUUAAAGCAUAUCUGUUGACUUGUAUUUGCUCAGUGUGGAGGCAUUAAUCAUUAAUGGUGACACUGACCUGUGCUAUAAGCUGGAUACUCUAUGCAUCUUGUGAUAUCGCCUGAAUAAAGUCUCUAUGCAUUUGUAAAUACUUCAUGAAUGCCUUGUAACAGUAGGUAAAUGAGAAGACAAAUAGUGUCCGUUGCACGUUUGGUAGCAUUUGACUUGUGUAUGACUGCUUUGGGUUAAUGAGACUGAGUGGUUUGUUUCUUUCAAGACUGUUUUGGUUGACUUUAUUUUGUACAACAUUCAUAAAUUAAUCUUGACAAAUAUACGUUCAGUUGUUGCAAAUCAUUAAAAUGUAAAUCAAAAAAUGA